GAGAGAAGUUAAAUUACUAAAUCUUAGGAGAACAAAGGAAAAAUAAAGUGGAAAUUAAACAAUGUUCUUCUUCAAGUGCAUGCUGUUGUUUCUUAUCCUUUGCAGAUUUGUAUCAUCACAACAAGAAGAUGUUGGUUUCACCUACAACGGCUUUCGAGGAAUUAACAUGACCUUGGACGGCUUAUCCCAGAUUGCAGACAAUGGUCUCCUAAUUUUGGUAAACACCACAAAGUCACAGGUGGGUCAUGCCUUCUACCCCCAGCCGCUUAGCUUCAUAAAUUCGUCCACUGGUAAUGUUCUCUCCUUCUCUACUACUUUUGUUUUCGCCAUCUCCUCUGAGGCAACAACAAUAGCAGGUCCUGGAAUCGUGUUGGUAAUUUCACCCUCAAGAGGGUUCCCUGGUGCUUUGUCAAGCAGUUAUCUUGGCCUCUUCAACACCUCUAACAUCGGUAACUCAUCCAACCAUGUAAUUGGAGUCGAAUUGGAUACACUCCAAAACACUGAGUUUAAUGAUAUUGAUGAUAACCACAUCGGUAUUGAUAUUAACGACUUAAAAUCUGUCAAAGCUGUUCCGGCAUCUUAUUUUAGUGAUAAGGAAAAUCGACGCGUGAACCUCAGCCUUUACAGUGGACACCCAAUGCAACUUUGGGUGGAGUAUUAUGGUUCAAAGAAGCAACUUAAUGUGACUUUAGCUCCUAUUAAUGUCCCUAAACCAACGAUUCCACUAUUGUCUUUGAAAAUUGAUCUUUCAAGGUUCAUGGUAGAUCCCAUGUUCGUGGGCUUCUCAUCAUCUACUUCUUCCUUGGAUGUAUCUAAUUAUCUGUUGGGAUGGAGCUUUAAGAUGAACGGGCAAGCAAAAGAACUCUCUCUCUCCCAACUUCCUAAGCUUCCCCGAAGAGGACCUAAAACGACACCUAAGAUUUUCAGCAUUGGAUUUCCUGUGAUCGGUGUUAGUUUAGUGUUCAUGUCGAUCUUCAUAAUCCAAUUUAUUGUAGCAAGGAAGAAGAAGUUCGCAGAAGUUCUCGAAGACUGGGAACUUGUAUAUGGACCUCACAGGUUCAGAUAUAAAGAUCUCUACAUCGCAACCAAAGGGUUUCAUGACAAGGAGCUUCUUGGUAUAGGUGGCUUUGGUAAAGUCUACAGAGGUAUAUUACCAACCACAAAAGAAGAAGUUGCUGUGAAGAGAGUCUCACAUGAUUCAAGACAAGGGGUGAGGGAAUUUGUUGCCGAGAUCAUCAGCAUCGGUAAAUUGCAACACCGAAACAUAGUAACACUAUUGGGUUAUUGCCGACGUAAAGGAGAGCUCCUUCUAGUCUAUGAUUUCAUGCCAAACGGAAGUCUAGACAGGUUCCUCUUUGAUCAUAAAUCCACAACAACAAAGACAACAUUGAGUUGGAAUCAAAGAUUUCAAAUUAUCAAAAGCGUAGCAUCCGCGCUACUAUAUCUUCAUGAAGAAUGGGAACAAGUUGUGGUUCACAGAGACGUCAAGUCCAGUAAUGUCAUGUUAGACAAGGAGUUGAAUGCAAGACUCGGAGAUUUUGGGCUUGCAAAAUUAUAUGAUCAUGGAGGAGAUCCCAAAACCACCCAUGUGGUGGGGACGUUUGGUUAUCUUGCGCCAGAAUAUGCUAGAACUGGCAAAGCAAACCCUAGUGUGGAUGUGUUCGCGUUUGGAGUUUUUUUGCUUGAGGUCGCUUGUGGCAAGAGGCCCAUAGAGGCAGAAGCAUCAGAAGAGUGUAUUGUGUUAGUGGAUUGGGUGAUAUCAAGUUGGAAUAGGGGUGCAAUUCUUGAAACUGUGGAUCCCAAAUUGGAAAUGAAUUAUGAAGUGCAGGAAAUGGAGUUGGUGUUAAAACUUGGAUUGCUUUGCUCUCAAUGCAAUCCAACUGCAAGGCCAUGCAUGCGACAAGUUGUCCGGUACUUGGAGGGAGAAAUUCAACUACCAGAGCUGCCAUUUCUGACUUCAGAAAGUACCGGUGAAAUCUCCUUUUGGUGUCCGUCUCUUGAGAGUAGAAUGACAUCCAUUGUAGAUUCUCUGCUCUCUGGAGGACGUUGACUUUAUCUGGUUAGAGUUUUGAUUUUGACCUAAGUACUAUUUCCUUAUAUGAAGCUAUCUAGCAAGCCAAGGCCUUUUGGGCUUGCAUGGACUCAGCAAAUUCAUGCAGAAGAAGUCUGGCUGUGAGCUUUAUUUGUUUAACAAAUUGUCUUUUAUUUAUCAGUGCUGUACUACUGUAAAGUUCAAUCGAUUAAGUCAAUUUCUACUUGUGGGUCAUUUUUUGUCUUUGUUGUUAAGUAGGUUAAUAUCGAUUAUUGAUGACUUCAAUUUUUUAUUUUGACCAA